AUGAGGGAAGAGUUUGAAGGGCACUUGGGCACGGGGACGUUUUCAUUCGUAGACGGUGCGCCAGAGGGGCGCAGGCCUGUGAGCUCAAAGUGGUGUUUUAGUUGGAAGACCAACAAGGAAGGGAAGAUAGACACGUUCAAAGCGCGUCUGGUUGCUAGGGGGUUUUCGCAAAUCCCGAACGUCGAUUAUUUCCAUUCGUCUUCCCCUUGCCCCUCAUCCGCAUCCAUUAAGCUGAUGCUUGCGGUAGCGAACGAGAAGGGCAUGAACCUCAAUCACUGGGAUGAAGGGAAAAUAGACAAGUUCAAAGCGCGUCUCGUUGCUAGGGGGUUUUCGCAAAUCCCGAACGUCGAUUAUUUCCAUUCGUCUUCCCCUUGCCCCUCAUCCGCAUCCAUUAAGCUGAUGCUUGCGGUAGCGAACGAGAAGGGCAUGAACCUCAAUCACUGGGAUGUGAAGCAGGCGUAUACACACGCUACGCUAGACGAGGAGGUUUUUCUGAAGCUCCCCGCUGGGUGCGGGGACAAGUCGCAUAAGAUUGCUAAGGCUGAGCGUGCGAUUUAUGGUCUGAAGCAGAGCGGUAGGCAGUGGGGGUACCACGCUGCUGAUACGCUAGUCGAGAACGGGUUCGAGCAAUGCAAGGCGGACCCGUGUGUUUUCCGCAAGAUGGUAGACGAAGUCGUGGUGAUGAUUAUCGUGAUUUAUGUGGAUGACAUUUUGGUGGCUGGGUCUGACGAGGAUUGCGAGGAGUGUCAAUGCAUGGUUGAACGCUUCGAUGUGAAAUCAACUUCCCGCAUCCCCGCUACCCCUGGUGCCGAUCUAGGGCCGAAGCGAGAGGAUGAGGAAGGAGGGGAGUGGCCGGUGAGGGAGGCCAUCGGCAGCAUGAUGUGGGUGUCGACUUUCUCGCGUCCAGACGUCUCGUUCGCCGUGCGUGCGGUAGCGCGCCACGCCCACGCCCCGGCGAAGAGGAACUGGGAUGCCAUACAGAAGAUCCUCGGCUACCUGAAAGGGACGAGGGACCUCGGCAUCACCUACCAACGGGGAUCGGGGUUAGGGCUUGCCGUGUACGUAGACGCUAGCUACGCCGACACGGAGGAUAGGCGUUCGGUGUCAGGGUUGGCGACGACGGUCGGAGGUACCGUACUCAGCCAUGGUAGCAAGACGCAGAGCAUCGUGUCUUUGUCUUCGACGGAGGCCGAGUACAUUGCUGCCGAGGAUGGUGUCAAAGAGGCGUUCAUCCAGGUCCUUGAGGACAACCAGGGGGCCAUGGCGUUGGUGCAGAACCCUCUCAGCUCAGGUCGCACGAAACACAUCGACGUGCGGUUUCAUUUCAUCCGCGGAUUGUUUAGGUCGGGGGAAAUUUCGGUCAAGUUUGUCCCGACAACGGAGCAACACGCGGACCUCCUCACCAAGGCCCUUAGCAGGGCCAGUCUGCAGUAUCACCGGCGCAAGCUGAUGAAUUUGCCGGAGUAGCUGUAGCAGUUUCUAGCACUUGGGAGAGGCCAUGUUUUCCAUGCGGGGAAAGGCGCAUAACUGUUGCGGUCUGUGUACCAAUGGCAGGAGUAGGGGGCGUUGGGAGACCAUCGUCCGGGGGAACGUAGUUCCUCGCGUUCUUGUCUUCGCCUUGGCCUUUCUAAUAAGUGCGGCCGUUGUGAUCCGCUGUGGUAGCGACGGUUUUUUUUUGUGGUGGUAAGGUUUUUCCUUGAGGGGUUUUGCCCGGACG